UAUAAGCUAAUUAUAGUAAAAAUGUCAAUGUUUUAUCAGCUUUUCUUUUUUAAUGUUUAUGUGAACUAAGUACUUCAUAAGGCAAAUACUCCCCACAUGCCAUUCAUGCCUCAUUCAAUCAAAACCAAAGCUACUCUCACCUCCAACUGAUAACACCAGACAGGUGGCGGAGAACUCUGUGCGAGACCAAAAAGUUACUUUAGUACCUCAUCAAACUCAAACCGUGACGGUGUACAAAUAGCCUUACGGCGAAGAGCGGUAUUUCGAGAGUUCGAGCUGCUUAUCAGUGCAAUGAGUAAUUUGCGAUAUAACUUAUCGAGUGAUUGACAUUGCGGAACAUCCGCGGCUGGUGCGUCGAUCAGUAUUCAUAACUCAUCCGGGAUUAAAUGCUCGAAUCUUAAGUAAUAAGUACCAAUACAAAGACAUAUGUCGUACAUAGAUAAAUAAGUGUCUGCCGAAGGAUCGAAAAUAUGAAUUCAUUCUUAGAGUCCUCAACCGAGGAUAGCCACGAUUUUGAUGAUGAGGGCCAUGAAUCAAAAUUGGUCAACCAAAAGAAAUGGGAACUUGGCUACUUGAAGAAGAAAUGCCGCAAUCUGGAACUGGAACAGUAUUAUGUAUCCUACAUGAAACGUUUGCGUCUAAGCCAUCUUGGUAUUUUCAUAUUCAUUCUAAUACUUAACACGAUUGUACAUUCCAUGUUACUUAUUGUCUCAUUCUCUAAAAGCGAGAACCGUGACAUUUACGUAGAUAUCGGAACAUACAUGGGUUGUACCACAGUUAUCCUCAUUGUUUUGGUAUUUAACUUCCGCACGACCGUCAAUAAACGCUACGAAUGGUUAACGUUUGCAACGAUUUGGUUAGCGGUUUCAGCGCUUGUGGUGAUGGAUAUAUCCGUGCCAAUCUAUCGCGCUGUCACGGACUAUAAUAUUACCGUACCGACCUACUAUAGCUUUAUCAUAUAUUCCAUCUACAUAUUUAUGCCGAUUGCCGAAGACGUGCAGGCUUUUAUUUUAGGUGUGGCAGUAGCCGCCUGCUAUAUUAUCUUAUUUUCAUUCGUAACAUAUCGUCGCCAUUUCGAUGGCACAAGAGAGGUUGAUUUGCCAAAAAUCAUAUCCGAAGGCAUAUUUAUGACCUGUGUCAAUAUGCUGGGUCUGUUCUUUCGUCUGACACGUGAAGUAGCCAUACGUACAACAUUCCUCGAUAAGCGUCAAUGUGUUGAAGAGACUUUAGUUUUACGAGCUGCUAGAGAUCAGGAGAAAAGCUUACUCUUGAGUAUUAUACCAGCUCAAAUAGCUAAUAAAAUCGAAGAAGACGUCAAGAUGCGGAUCGAACACAUGAAGGAAAAUAAAAAACAUAGACGAUCAACGAAUGACGAUGUGGGCUCCCCGCCGACACCUCUAUGGCGACAAAUGGACACUGAAAAGCUUUUUAUUGAACCACAUGAUGAUGUUUCAAUCUUAUAUGCGGAUGUAGUCAACUACACUUACUUGACUACAACACUGGAUGUGAAAACAUUAGUGGAAACUUUACACGAUUUAUUUGUAAAAUUCGACACAGCAUCCCAGGAGUACGAUGUUUUGCGUAUUAAAUUUCUAGGUGACUGCUAUUAUUGCGUGGCCGGCGUUCCAGCCCCCAACGAGUACCACGCUAGAUCAUGCGUUUACCUUGGCUUGCGUAUGAUAAAGGAUAUACGUGAUGUGAGAUCGAAACGAAAGCUGGACAUUGAUAUGCGUAUCGGUGUACAUUCAGGGAAUAUUUUGUCUGGCGUCAUUGGUGCAAACAAGUGGCAAUUCGAUAUUUGGUCCAAAGACGUGGACAUAGCCAAUCGGCUGGAGUCGACUGGUGAGGCGGGUCGUGUACAUGUUAGCGGACAGACUUUGCAACAGCUGGACGGAGAGUUUAUGUAUGAGGAGGGCACGGCGAAGGCGCGUUAUGAUCCGGUCUUGCGUAAAUAUCAUAUUCGGAGUUUUCUAAUAAAACCGCCAUCAGCAAGAGUUUCGUCGUACAUUACAAUGAGGCGACCAACAGCAGCAAAGCGAAAACGUUUGGAAACAAAAUCUGUAGGUGAUACCAGAAGUGAUAUCCCAACAAAUUUCAUGCAAAGCAGCAUAAGUCAGUAUAAUCAAAUUCGAACCCAAGCCACUUUGGAAAUGAGCCGAGAAGUAGAAAGAAUGCCUAUUGGCAGGAUACAGUUUUCCAAAAUAUGUUUCGGUCAUGAGAAGCACUUAACCCAAGAUGAAAUGGAAGAACAACGGUUUCGAAACAAUAUAACGUCGCUAUUUUUAUUUUUCAAAGACUGGCGCUGGGAAAUUAUGUUCAUGAAGCAGCCAGAUAUUAUGCUCAAGUACAGCGUUUUCGUUUCGUACAUAACGCUGCUGUGUGCCAUUAUAAUGCAGGCGGUCAAUUCGUCGCAAACAUUAGCGUUUUGGAUACUAGUUGGGAUCAGCAACAUUGUAAUGAUAUUGCUAUUGGCCUUGGUUUGGUACAAAAAGCUUUGGAUAAUGUUUAUUAGCGAGACAGAGUCAUCGAAGCCAAUGAAAAAAGUCAGCAAAUGUCUCUAUAAACUAUCGGAGCGCAUUCAAAGUAACAUCACUAUGCGCAUUGGCAUGUACUUAGUGGUGCUUGUCCUGCACUCCACUGGCAUUAUCUUGCAAUUGAUAUAUUUCGGUAAUCAUAUAAAUGAUGCAGCUAAUGUGCAUAUUUUGGGUGUCGCCAGGCAUGAUGUUUCUUCAUUCAAUGCUUGGAGUGUUUUAUGUUGACCAUUUGCAUAACCUUCCUAUUUACACGGAUUCCAUUCAUACUCAAAUUGAGUGUUGGCGUUUU